AGGUGAUCCAACUAAGAUCAAAACACCUCACACGUUCCCGACGUCUCGACGUUCGGUGGCGUCCUCCCCAUGAUGGACGACGACGACGGGGCCACGUACGUGGUGCAGACGUAUCUGACGCUGCUGUCGUCGGAGGAGCACGUGAGGUUUUCGAACGCAGCCCAUCACAUCCAGCUGUGGUUUGCCGUGUUCAACCCUCGGUUCAACAAUGACGACCGCAGCAUUCUCUAUCGUGCCAUUUACGAAUCGGGGUCUGGGCCGGAAAAGAAACUGGCCAAGGCAUUGCAGCAAUGGUAUCGGGUGUGCGCCGUGGGCCGGCGCACCCGUCGCCGCCUCCUCACUCAAUCAUUGGAAUUACCCCACGCAGGAAUGGCGACGAGGGCGUCGUCCCCCCCUACUCAACUGCCUGGGGGGACGCGUGAAGCCUCAUAUCGUAAAGUGAGCCGCCAUGCCCGCUACAGCGUGUCCGAUCUUCGCACCGACUAUGAUGAUGACGACGACGCCCUUGCGAUCCAAGAGACAUUGACGCAAGUCAUCCAUGAAUGGCGAACCGCCGAAGAAGACGAGUUUGUCGGUAUCCGAGACAACCUGCUCGACAAGGAAGAAGCCGACAUGAUCAAGGAGAUUCGGUACUUGGCGUCGCUUCGGCUCCGGUUUCAACUUCCCGAAACGGACGACAUCUCGCCGUCGCAAUCGGCUUCCCCCUCAGCUUCUUCAUUACGCCAUGGCGACACGCUGUUGCAUUACCUCGUUCAAACCAUUCCCAACAUCACCCCCGCGGUUCUGCAAGAGUUUUUCCGCGAAGGCCUUCACAUCCACGAAAAGGGGGCGAACGACCGAUCGCUUCUUCACGCCGCGGCGCACGGGGGCCACAUCAGCACGGUCCAACUGCUGGCCAAAGAAGGUAUGGACGUACUGGCUACAGAUGGAUACGGAUGCAACGCCCUGCACGACGCGGCGCGCGCGGGGGCCCUCCCAGUUGUGCAGCACCUCGUCGACGACAUGCAUGUGAAUGUGGACGUGCCCAACAAAAAUGGCCGCACUCCGUUGCAUUACGCGGCUGAGUUCAACCGCCAGGACGUCGUCGAGUACUUUGUCACACACAACCGCAUCAACUUGAACGCGAUCAACGGCAACAUGCGCACGCCGUUGCACAUGGCGGCAGCGCGAGGCCACAUUGACGUGGUGCACUUGCUCUUAAAUGCGGGCGCCGCAAUCCUUCCCAACAUGGCGGGCGACACGAUCUUCCACGAUGCCGCCAAGUUCAACCACGUCGACUUGUUGGAAUCGUUCACCAAGCAAGGCGGAUAUGCGCGCUUCGCCGUGGCCAAGAACAACCAAGGAAGGACUCCGCUGCAUGUGGCCGCGGCAAACAGUGCGGUCGAAGCGUACGUUCUCUUGAACGGGAACCCGUGGUCGGGGCGGCAUGCCGGGCUCAUGAAGGACGACUUUGGGCUGUAUCCGCUGAAUUUACUGCUCGAAAGCGAUGCGAUUCCCCUCGAGAACGGACUCAACUUGGCGAAGUACACCCCUCGUAACAACCACACGGACCUCGCGCACGAACGCGAGCCAAUUUGGAACGACGACAUGUUUGCAUCCCUCUUGCGAGAGUCCCCCGAAUAUGCGUGGGCUUUCCUUGACGGGUUCAAAGUCGCCGUGUCGUGGUCUUGUGGUCGCACCGAGUGGUCAUUUCCCAAGCUUGGCGACAUGUAUGGCGACGUGUACGCCGUUGAAAGGAGCGCGUUGGCGAGCAUCGUCGAAGCGUACAACCGCGGGGACAAGGAAAAGCGGAGCUAUUGCAUUACGUGCUUGAGCCAUGCAGUGAUGACGCGCAUCAUGCAUUUGAAAUGGAAGAGUUUUGGCCGAACCAUGUACUUUGUCGAGCUGUUCGGGUCGAUAUUCCUUCUCUUUGUGACCACCGUGUGUGUGUCCCUGUCCAACGUCCAAGUCGAAUUCACGAAACCGCGGUAUUGCCUCUUGGUGUUGAUGUGGACGUGGCUGUUUGUGUUUACCUCUGGUGCGAUCUACGUUUCGCUGCGGUACAGCCACAUGAAGAGGAACCUGCAAAACUUGAGCUUCUUGAACCCGGCCACGAAACCGUACAAGCAGCCACCACAAGGCGCCACGUCAUCGCGGAAAUCCCUGCGCGCACGCGUCGUGUCGUUCCUACUGCCCGAAAAGUUCUUGCGCCGCAGCUCAAGCUUGGCUUACAGCUUUGUCCGGUCCAACUCGACGUUUCGCCAAGUGACCCCCCGCACCAACGCCAACACCUUGGCCAACGGGGGGUUGACAAAGCCGUCAACCAAGCGCCUCGUGCUCAAGGACAGCGUCGUGGCGUUCUUUCUGGGCACAGUCCUCGCCACAGUCGGGUUGAUCGUGGGGUCCGUCGUCGCAUUGUUCGUGUUUGCGUCGAUCGGCGACUCGACGGCGUCGGCCGCGACCAAGUUUUUUCACUUCAACCUGGUGAUUCGGUGGAUCUUGGCAGUUGAGUUCCUUGUCGUCGAGGGUCUUGUGUGCCAUGGCUCACCCAAGCGGUACCUCCGGGUCAAAUGGAAUUCUGUCAAAGCCGCCGUGUUGAUGUGCAUUGUCUUGUUUGAAACGCCUUUAGAUUUGGGGUGGGUAGCGCUAGACAAGGUCGUAGAAGCGCAAGCCAUCUUGUACGCCGUGACGAGCUUACUCCUCUGGGUCAACUUUUUGCAAGUGCUGCGCGUGAACGAAUCGACCGGUCCUAUGAUCACGAUGGUCCUGAAUAUGGUUCCCGACGUGGCCAACUUUCUCAUGAUGUACGGUGUGUUUCAAAUGGGGCUCACGUGUGCGUACUUUGCGCUCCUCAAAGGGGGCAAAGGAUUUGAAUCGUUUGGCGACACGUUCCUCACUACUUACUUAAUCAUCUUUGGCCAACUGAAUCUGGACGUGGUGCUCGGCAACGAGUACCCCAGGCAGUUGUUCAUUUCGGUGUUUAUCAUGCUGCACUACCUCGUUGUGGCCAUCGUGCUGCUCAAUGCAUUCGUCGCAGUCUUGUCCAUGACGGCAGAGAACGUGCUUGAACGAGUGAACGAUCAGGUGGUGUUCAACCACGCCGAGUCAAUCCUUCGUGCCGAAAUCAUGAUGCCGCAUUGGCUGCGCACCCGCGUCCGGCGCCAAGCCAAGGGCAAAAAGACCAAAGUCAAGGGCUUGCUUGCGUUUGCCAAGACUGUGCACAUCAAAGACGACGAGAAUGAGGCCGAAGACACCACCGACGACACGGUCCGGAAGAUCGAACGCGCGCUGGAAAAAUGCCUCGAUGACGUCCGUGACUUGACCAACCACGUGCGCAACAUGCAAAAGCACAUGGACUCUCGCAUGACAGAAAACGCAGACAAGAUGCAAGGCGCAUUGGAUGCGAUUGUGUUGAUGCUGCGGACGACCCACGAACAGAAAAACCCGACGACCCCCAAGUUGGGGGAUGGUGGAGGGGGGGGUGGAGUGCCACAUCAUCAUCAUCGUAGCAUGGCGCUGGCUCCCACGUCGACGUAUUAAAUGCCGGCGAAACAAGGGCAACGCUACUGAACCUAGAGGGAGACUAUAAUUAUAAACGUGUUGAUGCAAGUG